CGCCAGGAGGUCGAGGUUAUCAAUACACCGAGGGCGUCGCUUCAUACUGCAAGACUCUUCGAAAUUCAAUGGAAGCCGUAGCACCAGACCUUGAAAAACGACAAACAAAGAAACCCAGAAGAAGAACCAGAAAUUGAGUGCCUCUACAGACCAUCCCCAAUUGGCUGAACAGAGCGCACAUAUCGCCCAGCAUGCCUCCUGACCGCUCCUCGUUCACCGCCCUCAACAUCCCCUCUCCACAGAUUCCCUCCUGGAUGGGCUCCUUCUCCCUCUCCGCGCCUCCCAACACAGAUCUCUGGCGCAAACCCCCCGCGCAAAACAUCUCCACCGCGCCCAUCCUCUUCACCUCUCUCCGCCAGCCCUUCAUCGCCGCCGAAGUCACCGUCUCAGCAGACUGGGAACUCGAAUGGGAUCAGGGCGGCCUGGUCAUAUUCGCCGGCAGUCCGCAAGGCCAUCGAAGCCACCCCUCAGACACCCCCUCGAACACACCAACCACCAUACCACAACCCCAAACCGAACAAUCCCCCUCCGCACCACCACCACCACCACCCCCCGCCUACGCCUCCCCAAACGCCCCCAAAUGGGUCAAACUCGGCCUCGAAUACACCUCCGGCCACCCGCACGCCUCCACCGUCGUCGCCACCUCCGACGGCGCAGACUGGUGCCUCUCCGCCCUACCCCAAGCCUACGCCCUCGCCCGCCGCGCCGACCUCCGCAUCAAAAUGGAACGCAUCGGCUACGCCCUCUGGCUCUGGUACCUCGACGACUCCAUGCAGCCAACCUGUCACCCUCCACCUCCCCCUCCCCCUCCUCCAAUCUACUCCCCCUCAUCCACACUUCCCCCGCCGGUGGUAUACCCCCCCACACACGGCCCUGGCGCGCCCCAAGUCGUGAUGAUGCCGUUCGACGCCCGUGCUCCCCCGCCCGGGUAUCCGGGUGGUGCGCUGCUGUCGCCGCCUCCGCCCCCGCCGCCCCCGCCGCCUGGCGUGUGGAGGAAGUUGCGGGAGGUGACGUGGUUUUUCUGGGGCGUGGAGGAUAAGGCUGUGCGGGUGGGUGUGUAUGCUUGUAGGCCUGUUGCUGGGGGUGCUGGGGGUGCGGGUGCGGGGAGGGGAGGGGUAGGUGGGAGUAUGCGCAGGGCGGAGUGUAGGGAGUUGUGUGUUGAGUUUGAGGGGUUGGAGAUGUAUUGAUAUGGAAUUAGGAGGAAAGAGGAAAGAAAGCAGGGGGUUGAGGGGUGGAAGGGGGAGAUGGGAGAGAGGGGG